GGGAGGGGUCUGUCCGGGGAGACUCCGAGGGGAAAGUCGGUCAGAGAUGGAGCAGCAGGAGGAGCGCAGGCCGGGAGUGACGCGGCCCCGCUGCCCGAGGACAUGAGCCUGUUUCCCGCAGAGAAACCGCCGCUCCGCUGCUGGAGGAGGAAGAUUCGAACCAGGAGCAUCAUGCAAACCCACAAUCCUCUGCUCCGACAAACCAGAACCAGCCUCAGAAACAACCGCCGCCUAGCAACCGCCUAGCAACCGCUGCCUAGCAACCCAAACUCCGCCUACACAUUUUUCAACACGGUUUUGUCAUAUUUUUAUAAUAUUUUUCUGCACUUUAACUUUUUUUUUUAAUUUUUGUGCAAAUUGUGACGUAUUUUUCUGUUAUUUACAUUAUAUUUUUAGAUAUUUUUCAUUUUGUUCCAGUUUCAGAACCUCGUCUUUUUACAGGGUUUGAAAAGUGUAAUUUUUGUCCUUUAAACUCGGAAACGCUGGAGUAUUUUUGAGUUUGUGCGUCUGUUUUUGCGUUUGACUCUUGUGGAGUUGUGCGUCUGGAAUCUGCUUUGACUUUACCGGGAAAUUCUUUAUACGCAUUUAUUUUUGUAACUUUUAGAUUUUUGUAACAGAUUUAUUCAGACGCUUGUGGAUUCUGUUGGGAGUUUUGGGAAAUUCUCAAACUUCUUCAGGAGAUUUUUUGGAACGUGUCGUCUGGACUUUGGGAAAAUCCGUUGAUCGGUUUUUGUCGGCCAUCUUCAGACGUUCUCCUCUGUUCUCCGGCGUUCCCCGGUGUUCUCCGGCGUUCCCCGGUGUUCUCCGGCGUUCCCCGGUGUUCUCCGGCGUUCCCCGGUGUUCUCCGGCGCUCCCUGGUGUUCGGACCAUGAUGUUCCGGGACCAGGUGUCCGUUCUGGCCGGUUGGUUUAAAGGGUGGAACGAGUGCGAGCAGACGGUGGCGCUGUUGUCGCUGCUGAAGCGCGUGAGUCGGACGCAGGCGCGUUUCCUGCAGCUCUGUCUGGAACAUUCUCUGUCCGAGUGCAGCGAGCUCGUCGCCGCGGAGACGGACGCCAACGACCCAGUCGUGAUCAGCCAAUGGCGCGGCGAGUCGAAGGAGCGGGCGAUCUCAUUGGUCCUGUCGCACCUGCCGCUGCUCAAACCGGGGAACUGCCAGGCGAAGGGCGAGUACAUGCGCCUGCUGCCCUGGAUCCUGGCGCAGACCAUCGAGUCCGGGCGCCACGUGGAGGAGUCGCGCCAGCUCCUGUCCUACGCCCUCAUCCACCCGGCCACCUCCAUGGAGGACCGCUCCGCCCUCGCCCUCUGGCUCACCCACCUGGAGGAGCACGCCGGCAGGGACGGCCUCGACAGGGACCCCCACGCCCCGGGCUCAGGGUCCGGAGGGGGGCAGAAGAACCAACCGUACCCCCCGAGCCAGGGCACCGCAGGGGGGCAGAAGAACCAGCCGUACCCCCGCUACGGCUCGGAGGACCGGCUCAACGGCUGGCAGCAGCAGGGGGCGCAAUGGAGCUCUGAGAACGGGCAUCUGUUUCCCUCCUCCUCUGUGCCGGCCGCCAUCAACGCCGUGGGCACCGGCCCAGCGGGCACCUGGUCCGGAGGGGGGCAGAAGAACCAACCGUACCCCCCGAGCCAGGGCACCGCAGGGGGGCAGAAGAACCAGCCGUACCCCCGCUACGGCUCGGAGGACCGGCUCAACGGCUGGCAGCAGCAGGGGGCGCAAUGGAGCUCUGAGAACGGGCAUCUGUUUCCCUCCUCCUCUGUGCCGGCCGCCAUCAACGCCGUGGGCACCGGCCCAGCGGGCACCUGUGAGUCACACGGCGCGCAGACAUGUGUCGCAGCGGGAGCAUCGCGCGGCGGCGAGCGCGUCGAGCGCGUCGCGCGCGUCGCGGCGGCGAGCGUCGCGGCGGUAGUGUGCGUCGCGGCGGGCGAGCGCGUCGCGGUGGGCGAGCGCGUCGCGGCGGGCGAGCGUCGCGGCGGUAGUGUGCGUCGUGGCGGGCGAGCGCGUCGCGGUGGGCGAGCGCGUCGCGGCGGGCGAGCGUCGCGGCGGUAG